AUGCAACCAUACUGUUUUCUUGACCUCUCUUUUUUUGACCUGGAAACAACUUGUUUAGAAGUGUUUUCCACUGCGACAGCAUUCUAUAUUCCAUUGAUAGCGAUAAUAUGUAUAUACUGGAAAAUUAUGAGAGCCGCAAAGAAGAGGUUCAAAAGGGAACGGGAUCGACGUACCAUUAUAAGGCAACCAGAAGAACAACAGAAUGAAAAAUCUGCACCUCUUAUCCUCAAAAAGAAUAAAAAGGGAGUAACAGCAGAUUCAUCAACAUCAACACAAUCCGAAGAGGGAAAUGCUAAUCAUAACAUUCCCGAGCAAGAAACAAAACUCGACGACAUGGUGCAGAAAGGUAGAUACAGUAAAAUAAAGAAAAGGAGAAAAGAGAAUGCAGAAACGAAACGUGAACGAAAAGCUUGGCGCACACUGGCCAUAAUUACGGCCACUUCGAUGCAUGCUCCUGCGCCGCGGCACCUGGCAAUCCUGCGACGCGGCUGUGGCGCGGUCGUGCAGAGCAUUGCUAACAACAAGUUGAUUUUAGGUACUUUUGUCGCAUGUUGGACACCAUUCUUUCUUGUCUCAUUGUAUCGUCCAAUUUGUGGUUGUACCAUACCACGGCUUCUGGAAACGGUUACGUCUUGGCUAGGUUACCUGAAUUCAGCGCUCAAUCCGAUUAUCUACACUGUCUUCUCGCAAGAUAUG